CUGGUGUUUGUUUUGUUAUGUAUUGCUCUUGAUUGUUUCUAUGGCAUAUGCAGAACUAUAACUCAUAGAUGUCAAAUAGUGUCAAUGUACCUAUAAUUUAUUCUAUAUCGUUAUCUGAAAAAAAUAGCAUCGAUCGAUUUUUGAUGCGCAGUGUUGAAAAAAUGUAAUCGACCAGGAUCGAGUUAAAAGAGAGUUUAAUUUCGGAUGUGCUUGGUAAUCGCGAGCGGUCUGAAUAUCGUCUGAGUACUCUGAAUAGGCAUGCACCAGCACUGUAUGUGGCGUGGUGUCUUUUGGUGUUAUCACAUGCGCAUGUGAAACGUCUCUGCGUCACAAUUGAGUACAGUACAGACGUUAUGUGAAGUAUCAAAAUGUGUUAGAAUAGUAUAAGUUUAAAGUGAGAGAGCAAGAGAGAGACAAUCGUUCUUGGAAAUAUUACACAAUGUUCGAACCCAUCGAACAAGGCAAAGAUCUUUGCAUCCACACAGGAGUGGUUCUAAGGGGAGCAAAUACCAGAGAGGACGAAGUGCACAGCUUAGGAUCACUAAAUAUUGUGGAAUAUAGCUUUGGAAAGUGUAUAGAAUGGAAGCCAAUAGAAGUUUCUGUGGUGUCAGAAAGUCAAGAUCAAGAUCCGGAAUGGUCAUUGGUCGAUUCCCAUACGAGGAGAACGCGCACAUCCUCUUCAUCGGAUGGUCCAGAUUCUCUGGGGCGUACGAGAUCCGUCAGAAUAAUGUUGUUCGAACUCAAGUCUGUGAGAAUUAAUCAUGGCGGGCAACAAUUAAUAUUUAUGCAACGCGACGGAACAACCUAUGUCGCUUUUUUUCAACUCUCAAAUGCCGAAAGUUUCAUAAAUUCUUUAAAAGGCUUUGUCAAAUUUGUCAAAUCUAGAACAGACAAAAAUCUCUACCUCAUUAUUGACGAAGUAAGCUCGGUAUUGAACAAAUCUUUCGCAGAGUUGGACUUGUUUCCAGAAAACACCUCGGAUUAUGUCUGGAAAUUUGUUAAAGAUUUACACAAUCGGCCUUACGAAACAACUCUUGAGGCUUUCAGUAAACUCGCCGACAUUUGGCUUUACAAAGAACCAGUGAGACAACCAGUAGAGGAGGCCGUUGCAGACCUCCUCAAUCGUUCGUUGACGAUAGAGAAUUCUCAACCGCUUGCAACGAGUGGAUCGGGUGAUGAGUACGAGGUCAUUGGUCAGUCGGGUCCGGUUUUACCUCCCAGGCCGCCGUGCCCUCGUGGUGCGCCCUUGACUCAAGAACAGUGGGAUAGAUGCAAAGACGCUGAGGGUAGGAUCGUCAACUCGAGAGCUGUGAGAGAAAUCAUUUUUCGAGGGGGAAUAUCGCCACCUCUGCGCUACGAAGUUUGGAAAUUUUUAUUAAAUUAUUAUCCGUGGAAUUCGACGAACGCGGAACGUAUUGAACUCAGGAAAGAAAAGACCGACGAGUAUUUUAAAAUGAAGCUCCAAUGGAGAUCGAUAACGCCGGCACAAGAAAAUCGUUUUUCCGAUUACAGAGACAGAAAAAGUUUAAUUGAAAAAGAUGUCAAUCGAACCGACAGAACGCAUCCGUAUUAUGCAGGCGACAACAACCCACAUCUUGCCCAGUUGUACGAUAUUCUUAUGACGUAUGUGAUGUACAACUUCGACUUAGGAUACGUACAAGGUAUGAGUGAUUUACUGAGUCCCAUUUUGUGCCUGAUGGACAGCGAGGUCGAUGCUUUUUGGAGCUUCGUCGGUUUUAUGGACAAGGUGAGCACCAAUUUCGAAAUGGAUCAAGCUGGUAUGAAGGCACAACUGUGUCAGUUGUACACACUGCUCAACGUUACGGAUCCUCAGUUGGCACAGUAUUUGAGUAAGAACGAAUCGGGAAAUAUGUUCUUCUGCUUUCGAUGGCUUCUCGUAUUAUUCAAACGUGAAUUCAGCGCGGUUGACAUUAUGAAACUAUGGGAGAUAUUGUGGACUGAUUUGCCUUGCAAAAACUUUCAUUUGUUAUUAUGCGCGGCGAUACUCGACACUGAAAAAAGCAUGUUGAUGGAAAAUCGUUAUGGAUUCACCGAAAUACUAAAGCAUAUAAAUGAUUUAUCACUUCACAUCGAACUCCCGUGGGCAUUAUCAAAAGCGGAGGGUAUUUACCACCAAUUGAUGGCAGUGGCACAGGAUUUGCCGGAUAACGUGCGUGUAAUAUUAGGGCUAGAACCGUUGAACGUUUCACCGUCCAGUAGCGAUCCGGAGGACGAGGCGAGUGCUACAUCGAACACGAGACAAUACAACGAUACCGAUAAAUUAUCACGUAAAAGCAGCAAUGGAAGUGAUAAUAUUAAAUUUGGUAACAACGAAGUCUCCUACGAACGUGGCUUGAACGUAUCUUAUAUGUGAAUUCGAGAUCAUCGACCGAAUUACUCACGCGCGAAAUCUUCGAAUUCUUUUGAAAAAUUCCUAUCUCUCAUUUAUAACACAGUCCGAAUGUGACAUGGGAUAAAUACAAAAAAUAUACUCAAUAUCUAUUGAUAUUUCAUAACGAGAAAAAACGUACAUACGACCAUAUAUGUAUAUACAGGAUAUUCUACGAGCAGUGUCUACAAAAGUAAUUUUUUAAAUCGGGGCCGGACUCCAAUUGAAAAAAAAUAUAAAUGGAUUCCCUAGAUUCUUCUGAAUGGUUGAGAAUUAUAAAGUUCGAUUAUGGACGUUAUUUUACCAUGCAGCGAGCGCAACGAAAUAACACCUGUCGUCACUCUUUAAUUUACGACUUUCUGUGGGGAGAAACAUCUUCGUAUCAGAAAACAUUGCAUCCUUUAUUGCUUUUAGAACAAAUAACAAUUUGUUCAUUCACUCGAGAAAUGUUAGUAGUUUUUUUUUUUAAUUCCAGCGUAUUUUUUUUAAACGUAGUUUAAUUUGGUCUAGAAUGAAUUGAUAAUUUUUUUGUUCAUUGUGAAAACAUUGGUAUGAUGCGCUUGAAAGGAAAAAGUUAAAUACAAUGGCGUGUCUGCAAUAACGGAUUGCCAAUUUAUGUUGGAACUGGUCGCGUAGGUUUGUAAAAAAAAAUAAUUUUUUAUCAUUUCUUUAGUUUUGUGAGUUUCAUUAUCGGGUAAUAUCGCUAUUUCGAGUGGAUAAAUCAAACAUUUUCUUGCGUGAUCGCUUGUGCCGUUUCCGAAAAAAAAACAACAGUUUUAAGCCAUUUGAUUUAUUGAAAUCUUUACGGUGUAUUUUAACACUAAACGUUUCAUGUUCUUAGACGAUGAUGUAUUGAAAGUACCGUGAAUUUUGCGUGAAGACUUUGCAAUCACAUUGUUAAAAGUUGAAUGGCAACAUUUUAUGUAAAAUUAUUUACAACUUCAAGUUUCCAAAGGUAUUUCGACCGGCAACUUCUCAGGGGAGAAACUAAUGAAUUACAUCGUUUGACUGUUCGGUUCAGAAUUCAGUUUUAAACUCAACAUUAUAUUUCGGGUCUGUGUUUGUUGGAUACCCUGUAUAUUCGUGUGUAUAAACUUUUGUCAAGUCAAUUUUAAAACGAUGACUGAGCCAAUUUCCUAUCACAAAGUCUCGUUGAAUUGAGAUAAAAAUUUCUUGAUUAAAAAAAACAACAACACGCAAAUGUACGCCUUAAAAGAUGCUGAAGAAGAGAUUAUGUAAACGUUGAAUUAUAAUUGUUAUCAUUUCUGUCUAGUGUUUUUUCUAGAUUUGUAUAAAGUGUCACUAUAAUGUUAUAUAUUUCUAAUAAAAAUAUGUAUUUCACUGUA